AUGGUGGAACUGUCGCUGAGAAAGACCAGAGCAUUCAAGUCCAGUGACCAGUCCUCAAGGGCCAAAAAUAACCCAUAUGCCAGUCUAAAGAACAACAAUCUGGGCUCAAGUAACCAGAAUGUUGCAUUACCAUCCAUUGCCAAAAAGGAUCAGGAAAAGAUAGGGAAAUUGAUGCAAAGAAGAAUGUCGGUUCAUCAAAGCGAGGUGCCAAAGAUGUUUCAACAAGGUGUUGGUGCUGGUGGUGUCCCAGCACUGCCGAAGGACAUAUUGAUCAAUCAUCAACAGCAGCAACAGCAGCAACAACAAUCAUUACCAAGAGAUGCUCUAAAUAAGGAACCUGCAAAUUAUGGCUCCAAUGUGGCAAACCUAAGACAUCAGGGCUCUCGUUCUUCAAAAGGUAUAGAUUUACAAGAUCCUGCUGUUAUACAAUUAUUGAGUGAUGCAAAUUUCAAUCCUGAACAGUUCAUAUCAUCGAGAUUGAAUGAUUCAACAGCUUCAGAUAUUGAUAAAUUCAAUUCCAACUUAACCACUUUGAAUAAAAAAGUUACCAAUGAUAUUAAAGCUGUUGCUAAUCAAACUUAUGAUAAAUUGUUAAAUGCCACUAAAGAAUUGAAUUCUACAGAUAAUGAAUUGAAAUUUCUAAGAAAUGCUAUUAAUGAAUUAUCAGAUUUGACAAAUGAAAUGAAAUUACAAGCUGAGAAGAAGAUACAGUUGGAAUUGGAUCAAACUAAUGAAAUUACAAAAUCAAAUUCUCAAGCCAAAAGACAAAAUAGAGCAAAAGAUCGAAGUAGUAUUUUGGUUUUAGAGAAGAUGUGGGCAAGUGAAAUGAGUAGUUUAUUUAAACAUGUUGAAGGAGCUCAGAAAUAUAUUGCAGCUAUUCCAGGGCGUCAUGUUAUAGCUGAAAGUGGUCGUUGGUAUGAAUUGAAUGCUGCAACUUUUAAAACUUUACAACCUGCACAUAUUUUCUUAUUGAAUGAUUUGAUAUUGAUUGCAACAAGAAGACGGAAAACUGGUCAAAGAAAUAAAGGUGAUGGUGUUAAACAGAUCCAAUCAUUAGUCGCUGACCAAUGUUGGCCAUUAAGAGAAGUUCAAUUGAUUGAAUUGAAACCUAAUGGUAAUGAAGAUGUUUUCACAAUCAAUAUUAGAUAUAACAGUUUAAGUUAUAUGUAUCAAACUGAUCGUCAAGAUCAUUAUCAGAAAAUCUUGUCCGGUUACAAAAAGGCAAGAGAUGAAUUGAGAGAUAUUUCAGAAGCUGAAAAUAUCAAACAAAGACAAUUGAGAGAUUCAAUGACACUAUUAUCAAUUAGUGAGAAUGGUGCUAAUGGUAAUGGCCAAGGAACAAAUGGCUCUGCAACCCCCAAGAGGCAGAGCUACCAUAAUAAAAGAAAUAGUAAUGUCAUUUUACAAGAUUUAAGUACUAGAAUGCAUAGCAGAUCAAGAAGUAUGGAUAAUUCAAAUACUUUGAGAUCCUUAAAGAAAAUUGAUGAUAUGGUUGAUGAAUCUGAUGUUACUAUUUUCCACCAAAAUUUUGAUGAAACUUUAAACCGUCUUGAUGAUUUGGAAACUGAAUUAACAACUUUGAAAACAUCAUGUAAUGAUGAAGAAGUUUUGUUUUUCAACAUUAUUAAACUGAAAAUCUCUACCAAGAAGGAUCAAGUUGUUAAACUUUUAAUAAAUUCAAUGAAAUCAGAAUCAUUAACAACAUUUGAAAUUCAAACCUCAAUCAAGAGCUUAUUGAAAUUAAAUCUCACUGAUAUUGCUAAACUAUUACUCCUCAAUAACAGAACAAGUCAUAUAAACUCAUUAAUCACAAAAGUUGAAGAAUCAAGUAGAUUAAAAGGUACAAGGAGUAUAUCUGAUUAUAUCGUGGAAGUUUCCAUCGUUAGAAUUCAAAAUAUUAAAACAUCAAUCCAGUUAUAUAAAUCAUUAUUUGAAGAAACUCCUUCGAAUCUAAGUUAUUUAGUUGAAUGGGGUGUUGAAGAGAUUCAUAAACAUAUUAAUUUAUUGAAAGAAUCUUUGCAUAAUGUGAAAUUACCAAAAUCAACAUUACAGGAUUCCAUACUGAUCAUUCACAGACAAGUGCACCAACUCAAACAAGCUGGUCUUGAUGUUGAGUAUCUUUUUGAUGAGUUUUAUAGAUCCAUAGACACUGAAUAA